GAAAGUGAAAGAAAUGACGUUUCCUGGGAUUUCCCAGCAGGGAGUCAUUAUUAAAACCUGCAGGUGAAGGAACUUUGACUCCAGUCGCUCAGAGGACCUCUCGGCCAUCCAGGAGAUCCGUCAUGGCAUCUGAAGCAGAUGAAGGACACGAGCACCUUAUUGACGGCGUCAGGUUCAAGCUGAAAGGCAUAAUAGCCGUGGACCAGGUUUUGCCUUAUUUACACUUUCUCGACCAGGAGCCUAAAGAUCAGAUCAAGCAGAAGCUGAUCACCGACGGUGACAGGGCAGCGGCAGAUUUGCUCAUAGACACUGUGAUUAAAGGGCCUCAUAAUGAAGGAUGGUUCCGGGCCUUCAUUGACGCCUUGUCUCACGGAGGCUCGGAGCUCGCGGCCGAUUACUUAACGAAACCUCCGAGGCCAGAAGAGGAGGCUGAGAAUGACAUGUACGUGGAGCUGAUCCGGCUUCUGGCUCCCAGUCUGGCGGGGAUGAAGACAACAGUCGUCUGUGAACUCUGUUUUUCUGAUGAGCUGCUCACCGCCGACGAUAAAGAGAGAAUUUUAGCGGAGACUAACAACUACGGAAACGGGAGGGGAGCCCAAGAACUUCUCAAAAGGAUCAUAAGACGACGACCGCCUUGGUUCUCGGAGUUCCUUCAGGUUCUGCUGAGAGCUGAGGAACGUGCAGUGUACUGCGAGUUGACUGGUAGACUACCAGGAAAAGAUGAGGAGCCUCCUUCACCGAAACAUGAGCCUGCACAGAGUGAACCUGCAGGAGAAGAGAGUCCUCAAGCAAAAGAAAGUAAUGGAAUCCAGGAGAUUCAGGAAGAAUCUGCAGAUCUCUAUUCAGAUCCUGACCUGCUGCAGAAUGAGGAGCGUUCCCAGCCAGAUGGAAGCGCCUCUGCUGCUGCAGGAGAGCCCAGCUCCCCAGAAAAAGCUGAGAUCUCUCUUUGGGAUUAUCAGAUGGAAGUCGCAAAACCUGCCUUGGAGGGAAAAAACAUCAUCAUAUGCCUCCCGACAGGAAGUGGUAAAACCAGAGUCGCGGUCUACAUUACCAAAGAACAUCUGGACCUCAGGAGGGCGGAGGGGAAAUUAGGGAAGGUGGUUGUCCUGGUGAACAAGGUUCCCCUGGUUGAGCAGCAUUACACCAAAGAGUUCACUCCCUAUCUGAAGCAUUCGUACAAAGUGGAAAGAGUCAGUGGAGACUCCCAGCUGAAGAUCUCUUUUGCCAAGAUUGUGCAAAGAAAUGACAUCAUCAUUUGCACAGCCCAGAUUCUGGAAAACUACUUGGAAAGAGCAACCAGUGGAGUGGAUGAAGGAGUGAAGCUGAGCGAUCUGUCACUAAUGAUAAUUGACGAGUGCCACCACACUCAGAAGGGAGAGGCCUACAACCACAUAAUGAUGCGAUAUCUGAAGCAGAAACACAAGAACAAAAAACUCAAAAAGGAACAGAAGGAGAUUGUGCCCCUCCCUCAGAUCCUGGGUCUGACCGCCUCGCCAGGGGUUGGACGAGCCGCAAGGUUGGAGAAAGCCAAGGAGCACAUACUCCAAAUUUGUGCAAACCUAGAUGCUUCCCAAAUCAUGACAAGGAGCCUCAGGGAUUUCAAAAGGGAACCAAGAAAAUCUAUUCAGACUGUUGAAGACAAAAAACAAGAUCCCUUUGGUGAUGUGAUCAAAAGAAUCAUGCAUGAAAUUCAUCGUCACGCCGAACUGAACCCCACUGGCGACCUGGGCACUCAGGUGUAUGAACAGUGGUCUGUUCAGAAAGAAAGACAGGCUGCUAGAGAGGGAGAUCAGAAAGUGCGAGUUUGUGCUGAAUACCUUCGUCAGUACAAUAACGGCCUGAUUCUCCGCAACACCAUUCGAAUGCACGACGCCCUCAGCCUCCUGAACAAUUACUAUGAAGAGCAGUAUAAGAAGAAAAGUGCUCCAGAUGAGGAGCAAAACAUACAAAUAACAGACACAGAGAGAUUUCUGUUCAAUCUGUUUAAAGAAAAUAAGAAAGAGCUGGAAAGUCUGGCAAAGAAUCCAGAGUAUGAAAAUGAAAGCCUGUCCAAGCUGAGAACUGAAAUCCUGAAGGAGUUCAGCAGCAGGAAGCAGGCCAGAGGAAUCAUUUUCACCAAAACGCGCCACAGCGCCAUUACUCUAAAUCAGUGGAUUCAAGAAAAUCCAAAGUUUGAUGACAUUGGAAUCAAACCAGCAUAUGUGAUUGGAGGAGGAGACCAGAGCGAUGUUAAACCAAUGACUGCGGCAGAGCAAAAGGACGUGUUGAAGAAAUUCAGUACUGGUGAAGUAAACUUGUUGGUUGCAACAACUGUGGCAGAAGAAGGUUUGGACAUACCAGCGUGCAAUUUUGUCAUCCGAUAUGGACACGUCACCAAUGAGAUUGCUAUGAUCCAGUCCCAAGGCAGAGGAAGAGCUGAGGACAGCACUUACACUGUGGUCGAUGUCAAGAACUCCGGAGUAGCUGAGAAGGAGUGCGUCAACGAGCAUCGCGAGGAUAUGAUGCAUAAAGCUAUUGAGAAAAUCAAAGCUUUAAGUCAAGCAGACUAUGACAAGCAGAUUACAGACUAUCAGCUGCAGGCUAUAAUGGAAAACAGAGUGAGACAAAACCGACAGAACAAAAAAGUCAUGAAGAAUGUGAACCCAGCUGCAGUGAAGUUCAGCUGUAGGCACUGCAACAAACAAGUCUGCACUGGAGAAGACAUCAGUAUCAUUGAAGACAUGCACAGAGUCAACGCCACAGUGGACUUUAGGAAAUUAUUCAUACAGAGAGAAAAUUCUUCUCUGCAAGAACGACUUGUGGAUUAUGAGACCAAUGGCAUUAUAGCCUGCAAGGACUGUGGUCAGCCCUGGGGUUCGAUGAUGAUGUUCCGAGGGAUUGAACUGCCUUGUCUUUUGGUGAAAAACUUUGUGGUUAAUAUAAAUACGGAAAAUAUCAGCAAAUGCAGCAAGUGGAGUGACAUCCCUGUCAAGUUCCCUGCCUUUGACUACAAUGAAUAUGCCAUUCGGGUGAUUGAGAUUGAUAGUGACGAUGAAGAAACAAACUGAUUUAAAAAGAAAUGUAAAAUAUACAAAUGCACUAAUUUUUUUUUAAAUGUUUUUUUGGUCUUCAAAAUGUUUGCAAAUCAUUAACCCAUAUGGUUGAUGCUAAAGAAAACUGUAUUUUACUGCCCAACUGUCUUAUCUGCUUUAUUUCUGAUUGAAACUCCAUUAAAUAUCAACUAAUUUAUCUAAAAUUAAUUGAUAAACUUUUUAAUUGGUUAAAAAAACUGUUAUCAAUAACUAUUGAUUUACGGAACUGAACACACAAACUAUUAGUAUUGCAGUUAUUAUUUUUUACAUUAAAAAGUUAUAGGAAAGUUAACUACUUUAAAAAAGAAAAUUAUUCAGUGGAUUUGAUGAGUUGGUGUAGCAUUUUCUAAGCACAUACAGUACUUACAUGGGAAAUGUUUAAAACCCAGCUCUGAUGCAAAUGUCUGCAUUUGUUAAUAUAUUGUGCCUUUUUUUUUCUUUUUUGGUUUAAAGAAAGGCUGUACACAAAUUUACAUAUGAUGCGUGCAAAGGUCAAAUGAGACGUGGUAUCUUUGGGAAUGAAAUGAACUGGAAAGUAAUCAAUAAAAGAAGAAAAUGUUUCUCUCAAA